AUGCGCGCCUCACGCGUCUCCCGCGAGACGACGUCGAAGUACUUUUCGUCUUCUACCUCUACCUCUACCUCUACUCCCCCUUCGGCGCCGGCGGCGGCACCUGCGGCCAGACCCCUGCGCCGCUCGGCCCGCACGUCCUCCCUCUCGCGCUUCGCCUCCUACGCCGACGGCACGGGGCCCAAGGCCGAAGAGGACAAGGAGAACGGCCCUCUGCUCGUCGCGCCGGACAUAGAGGACCUCGCCCCCACCCCGUCCGCGUCCUCGUCCCGCUCGCGCACCCGCACCCCGACGGCGACGGCGUCAGCGACGGCGCGCAGCCUCAAGCGCAAGCGCACCACCACCACCACCGUCGCAACGACACACAUCAAAUCAGAGGUGCUGCUCAAGGAGGACCCAGACUCGGCACCACCAACAGCGCUAUCCAGCAUCCCCUCCCCAGCCAAGAAGAAGAAGAACGCGGCGGCGGCGGCGACAAGACAGCCCCGCAAGCAGCCCGCCCGCGCCACGACCGACCCGGCCACGGGCCUCGCGACCGUGGAGCCGCCGACGGGCUGGGCCGACAUCUACGCCCUCGUGCGGCACAUGCGCUUCUCCCCCGGCGGGGCCGCGGCCAACGCCCCCGUCGACACGAUGGGCUGCGAGCGGCUCGCGCUGCCCUCGGCGAGCCCGCGCGACCGGCGCUUCCACACGCUCGUCGCGCUCAUGCUCUCCUCGCAGACCAAGGACACCGUCAACGCGGCGGCCAUGGCCCGCCUGCACGCCGAGCUGCCCGCCUGCGCGCCCGGGAAGCCCCCCGGCCUCAAUUUAGACAACGUGCUCGCCGUCGAGCCCGCGCUGCUCAACGAGCUGAUCGGCAAGGUCGGGUUCCACAACAACAAGACAAAGUACAUCAAGCAGGCGGCGCAGAUCCUGCGCGACCAACACGGGGGCGACAUCCCGCGCACCAUCGCGGGGCUGACCUCCCUGCCGGGCGUGGGCCCCAAGAUGGCGCACCUGUGCAUGUCGGCGCCCGACGGCUGGGCCGACUGCCGGGGGAUCGGCGUCGACGUGCACGUGCACCGCAUCACGAACCUGUGGGGCUGGCACGCGACCCGCGGGCCCGAGGGCACGCGCGCCGCGCUCGAGAGCUGGCUGCCGCGCGGCCGCUGGCGCGAGAUCAACUCCCUGCUCGUCGGGCUCGGCCAGGCCGUGUGCCUGCCCGUCGGCCGGCGGUGCGGGGACUGCGAGGUCGGGAUGGCGGGGCUGUGCCGGGCGGCGGACCGGAGGAAGGUGCUCGAGGGGCGGCGGCGGAGGGAGGACGCGGGCGAGGGGUACGGGCUGGCGGUUUUGGGGAAGGAGGAGGGUGGCCAGGGUGAGGGUGAGGGUGUGAAGAAGGAGGAGGGGGAGGAGGGUGUGAAGAAGGAGGAAGAGGGUGUGGAUGAUGGGCAGGUCAAGAUGGAGGAGGACGAGCACGACGAGGUUGGGAGCACAGCGGGUGUUGUCAAGGAGGAGGAAGAGGAUCUCGGCGGUCAGCGGCGCAAGAGGCCGGCCAGGUGA